GAGAGAGAGAGAGAGAGAGAGAGAGAUGGCGAGGACACCAGGGCGAGACAAGAAUGGGAUGAAGAAGGGAACAUGGACUCCUGAGGAAGACAAGAAGCUGAAGGAUUAUGUGAGCCAAUAUGGCUUCUGGAAUUGGCGCAAGCUCCCCAAGUAUGCAGGGUUAUCAAGAUGUGGAAAAAGUUGCAGACUCAGAUGGAUGAAUUACCUAAGGCCAGAUAUCAAGAGAGGGAACUAUACCAAGGAAGAAGAAGAUACCAUCGUUAGACUACAAGCAUUGCUUGGGAACAAAUGGUCAGCUAUUGCAUCUAAGUUACCAGGAAGAACGGACAAUGAAGUCAAGAAUCACUGGCACACCAACUUAAAGAAGCGCUCAAGCCAAAAUACAUCAUCAGCAUCUCCACAAGAAGCGACCAUCAAUCAUUCAUGUGAUCAUGAAGUUGGACCAAAGAAUAUAUCCGAGACGACUCCAAACAAUAUCCUCGACCUUCCUAUAAAUUGCCCUAUGACUCAUCAGAUCAAAGAAGGGUUUGCGUCCCUCCAUUUGUCUUCAAGCUCCAGCGAGACAUCACUAUCCACGUGCACGGAAAUCGCGGACUUCUCAAACACGGAGUGCGAAGUGUCUCACGACACAUAUAUUGCAGAGUCUAGCGGGAGGUUCUGGACUGAACCAUUUAUCACCGACAACAAUAUCGAAUCCUGGCUUUUACAGGAUGAAUGGUUAUUUUCCCCGGUUUUUUUAUACUAAAUUUAGAAAAUUGGUCUGUUUAGUCUGAUGAGUCACCUUGUAUCCUAUAGAGAACAGCUAAUCUACUCCCCGUAGGUUUGUUAGUUCUAUCGAUUAAUAGCCCUUCUACGAUAUGUAUAUAUAUCUAUAUUGGCUUGAAUAAUCAUCUGGAAAUGUGAACGAUAAUCAAUAUAUGCCCGUUU